GUUCUUUCCUGUUUAGCUAUAGAGGGAUCUCAACCUAGAGGCAGCUACCGCUAACCAGUUUGUCCAGCCAGGGAGGACCAGAGGGCCUGAAGGGUCAGAAUGAAAGGAGAACCCGAGGAAGACAUUCCCUUUGCCCUGUACCAGCGCCAGACAUGCCAAGGUCAUACAGAUGUGGGGGAUCCUGGGACCACCCCAUCCCUUACUCCCAGCCUGGACAAACACCAGGGCCAGAGUAACCAGGUUUAUCGACCUUUUAAGGACUACCUUUCUGGGACAGAUGCUUCCGACUCUCAUUGCACAGCUAGCUGGAUGUACGCUACAAAACCAGUCUCUGCUUUGCCCACCCUGCUGGCCUGCCCACAGCCCCUGAACCUCUACACCUGCAACCUGAGGCCCAACCCCCUGGAUACUGCCCCGGGAGGCCCGACUCUGAUGCCUCCUCUUCCCCUAGAGCACAGGCCAAUUCUGGUCUCCACUGAGGACCCUAAACUCACAGCCACCUGCCUUCUGGGCAAGAAGAAAGCAGAGAGUGAACCUGGUGCUCCAGACCCAGCUGUGGGGAUUGUCCGAAGGAGCCCUACCCCUCCUGUUUCACACCCCAGCCCAGCUCCCACCCCCCUCAACAUGAAGUUCCCAUUGAGGCCCCACCCUUUGUGUCCUGCCUGCCCCCUUCUCUUGCCCAUCAAGCCGUUAUCCUCCUCACUGGAGACGUGCCCCUUCGCCUAUGGUCCCCACCACCCCCUCCUCUUUCUCCCAUCCCUGGCCACCCCCUAUCCUGGCAGAGCUGGCCAGCUGAUGCACCCUGAUGGACCAUACUCACUUGGUGCUCAGUCCCCUCUGCACCUGGGGCCUUGGCCGACCCUCUCUUCACCCUUACCUGACCGGCUGUGGCCCCCAGCUGAGGCCAGGGAUGAGAGCCCUUCAUCUUCCCAGUACUGCUCGACAGGGUUGGACUCAGGCAGAAUUCUCACCUCGGGCACCACAGACCUGCCCUAUCUGCUGAAGAAAGAGAAUGAUGCCAACUUGUACAAGUGUAAUACUUGCGCCAAGAGUUUCAGGCAGCUCUCCAAUCUCAAGGUCCACUUCCGAGUCCAUAGCGGAGAACGCCCCUUUCAAUGUCCUAUUUGUAAGAAGAGCUUCAUCCAGCUUGCCCACCUGCAGAAACACCAGCUGGUCCACUCAGGGGAGAGGCCUUACCAGUGCUCGGUUUGCCACAAAUGUUUCAGCAGCACCAGCAGCCUCCAGACUCACCUGCGGCUGCACUCGGGACCCCGGCCUUUCCUUUACAGAUUGUGCCCCAGACAUGGCGACCAGCCCAUCGGGCACUAGGGGCACGUGCCUUGCUGCCCGCUGGCCCCAUGUCUGGGAGGUGACCCCAAACUGGAGAAGCUGGCACUGCUGUAGCCAGUGGGCAGUAAGUAAGCCCACGGGUGCUGGGGGAUGCCUCUCUGCCAGUCAGUCUGAUUUUCAGGAGCUGGGGAAGAGGCAGACUGCUAAAGGUUCUUCAGUGUAGCAAGCUGAGCGCUUCUGAGUUGGCCUGGAGGGCAUAGCACCCCUGGCGAUAAUCCCUCCCAGAGGCCAUGCUUUAAUGUUUUCUGACUGUGAGCCUCUAGUGUGGAGGGAGUGGGGAAGGAAAUGUGUUAUGAAAAUGACUGGAAGCUAUCUAGGGCUAUCUGGGUUAGACCUGACAGCCUCAAAUAGCCCUCCCUGCUCUGACAUUCUGUGUUCUAAGACCCCUCCCAGAUCUGAUAUUCUGUGUUCUAAGGUC